CGCGGGGCGGCCAUGGAGUGAGGCGGCGCUCGGACCGGCGCUGGGACUGACCGACUGACUGACCGACGGUCGGCCCCGGGCUGCGCGUGCUGGAAAAUGAACAGAGCAGAUUCACCGAAACCACCAGUUGCUCCCAAGCCAAAGACUGCCAGUCCCCACACACCAGUGACAGCACCCAAAUUCCCUUCGUCACCCCGGCCCGAUAGUCUUCCCAGUCCCAACUCCAUGUCUAGGGGCCCCAAACCCCCUAUUGCCCCUAAGCCCAGGCUGGCAACCCCCAGCGAGUGGAGAGCCAGCGUGUACAUGAUCAACAGCUUGAACAAAUGCAGCAAUGGGAGGCUGCCCUGCACUGACAGGGGGCUUUAUGAAGAGCACCAGUCCACCUUGGAGUGCUCAGAGUCUGAGGCUGACGAGGAUUACAUCGUGGUCCCUAGUGCUCCACCCAAAGAGGACGAACCCAAACCUGGGGACAGCAGUUGUGUGGAGAGUACAGUCGAGGUGACUCUGGAUGCCCCUGGGGAAGAGGAGUGCGGGGAGAGGGGUGUAGAGAGUGACCUGGAGGGAAUGGGACCCCUUACUGAGAACAUGGAGGCAGAGGAUGGUGCCUGUGACCCUGGGGCAGAGGAGCAGUUGUUGUCAACAACUGAGGAGGAAGAGAAGCGAGUGGAAGAGCACAAUGCAUACAACCUGGAGGACAGGGGACCUUGGGACAGAGAGGCAGUUCUUCCAAAUGAUAUCAUUCUCACUCACGUUGAUUCAGAGGGUCUAGCAACUCUCAGUGAGGAGCCUGGGCCACCUGGGACACCCAGGGAGGCAGAGGAGGGUGGUGAGGAAGGCUCCACCAACACAGAACCAGGGGCUCUGGAAGAAUGUGUGGAUUCUGACAGGCCCUCUGAGGGGGACACUGACGAUGACAGCAAGGAACCCACAGAGAAUGAGGGCUCAGCCACGGGGUUUCAGGAGGCAGAGACAGCCACAGGUAACCCUGAAAUCUCUGAGGAGUGCGAGUGUGAAGAUGCCACAGCCAGUGGUGACUUUGGGGACCAGGAUGAACCAUGUGACCCGAAUGAGAAAACUGACCAAGAAGAAAUGGCAGUGGUCACCCAGGAGGUGGGAGAAGAUCCUCUAGAAGGCAGAGACUUGGUGCAGGAUGAACCGGCCGAGGAGAGCUGCCAGAUCAUUCCUUUUGAGAAUGACGGUGCUGAUGACUUUGUGACUCCACUCUCAGGAAGUCCCUAUGAGUUCUUUCUGACUGAGAGCACCUCUUUCUGUAGUGAGAGCUACUCUUCUUCUUCCAAGUCCGCCAAGGGCUUAGAGUCUGAGCAGGAACCACAGUUAGGAGAAUGUGCUGGAGCUCCAUGUGGCUCUGAGGAGGGCCCCUCUGUCCCUGACAUAGUGGUGAUGCAAGAGGACGAGGAUGCUGGGGACGAUGCUCUCACCAACCCCUACGAGAUCGGAGUUGACCUGGAGCAUGAGGCUGACCUUGGGGAAGGAGAGAGGCCGGAGACACAGACUGUGUGUGACACACUAAGUGGUUAUGGCACAAAAGAAGAAAUGAACUCUGAUGCUGAGGGUGGCCUGGUCCCCAUCGACAGGAAAAACAUCAUCACAAGGGCCAGGCCCCACUCCGGGAAGGUGGCUGGCUAUGUCCCAGAAACCGUCCCGGAAGAAACCGGACCAGAAGCUGGCUCAUCAGCCAUUGGCAUUAGAGGUGCCACCAAAGAGGCAAGAAAGACAGUUCUGUCACUGGAGGGGAAACCGCUGGAAGCCAGCAGGGCCUUGCCAGCAAAACCCAGAGCUUUCACUUUGUACCCCCGAUCAUUCUCCGUGGAAGGCCGAGAGAUUCCUAUCUCCUUGUACCGGGAGUCGGAGGCAUCUGGCUUGGAUGACCAAAGAAUCAAAAGGAAGGAUGACAACCUUUCCUUGCCCGGUGUGAUUGGCUCCUCUGGGAGUUUCUCCCAGAGGAGCCACCUUCCAUCCAGCGGCACCUCGACACCCUCUUCAGUGGUUGACAUCCCGCCCCCUUUUGACCUGGCCUGCAUCACCAAAAAGCCCAUUACGAAGAGCUCUCCCUCCCUGCUGAUUGAGAGUGAGCCCCUGGACAAGCAUACCAAGAAGAAGAAGUCUUCCUUCAAGCGGUUCCUGGCGCUGACGUUUAAAAAGAAGUCCGAGAACAAAGUGCACGUGGACGUCAACGUGUCUUCCUCCAGGUCCUCCUCAGAAUCCAGCUACCACGGGCCUGCCAGGCUUCUAGAAAUCGACCGCAGGAGCCUCAGCAACUCCCCGCAGCUGAAGGCUCGGACUGGCAAGCUCCGGGCUUCCGAAUCGCCUUCCUCCCUCAUCUUCUACAGGGAUGGCAAGAGGAAAGGUGUCCCCUUCAGCAGGACGGUGUCCAGAGUGGAGUCCUUCGAAGACCGCUCUCGGCCCCCCUUUCUGCCCUUGCCCCUGACCAAGCCGAGGUCCAUCUCAUUCCCUAAUGCCGACACUUCAGACUACGAGAACAUUCCAGCCAUGAACUCGGACUAUGAAAACAUCCAGAUUCCACCCCGGAGGCCUGCAAGGGCUGGGACGUUUACGAAGCUGUUUGAAGAUCAGAGCAGAGCCCUGUCCACAGCAAAUGAAAACGAUGGUUACGUGGACAUGAGCAGCUUCAACACCUUUGAGAGCAAACAGCAGAGCGCAGACCGAGAAGCAGAAAGCGCCUACACGGAGCCCUAUAAGGUCUGUCCCAUCUCGGCAGUGGCCCCCAAAGAGGACCUGUCAUCGGAUGAAGAGCAGGGAAGCUCGGAGGAGGAGGAAGGUGCUCCAAGAGACCCCAGCCUCACCCACAAGGUGGAAGGAAAGUCCAGAGCCCAUGUCAUUGCACAGGAACUGCUGUCUUCGGAGAAAGUAUACGUGGAGAUGCUUCAGCACUUACAUCUGGAUUUCCACGGACCUGUCAUGAGGGCUUUGGAUGAAAUAGACCAAGAGAGCAAGGACACAUUGGCCAGGGAGGAGCUGAGGCGCAGCCUGAGUGAACUCCCAGCCAUCCGAGACCUUCAUCAGGGAAUCCUGGAGGAGCUGAGGGAGAGGCUAUUGCACUGGGAGGACCAGCAGAAGGUGGCCGAUGUCUUCCUGGACCGGGAGCAAGAGUUUGACCACCAUGCCACUCACAUCCUGCAGUUUGACAGGUGUCUGAGUCUACUCAGUGAGAACUGCCUGCACUCUCCCCGGCUGGCAGCUGCUGUCCGUGAGUUUGAGCAGAGUCAGCAAGGAGGCAGCCAGAACGUGAAGCACCAGCUGCUGCGGGUGGUUCAGCGCCUCUUCCAGUACCAAGUGCUCCUCACAGACUAUUUAAACAAUCUUUGUCCGGACUCAGCUGAGUACGAUAACACGCAGGGUGCACUGACCCUCAUCUCCAAAGUCACAGACCGCGCCAAUGACAGCAUGGAGCAAGGGGAAAACCUGCAGAAGCUGGUUCACAUUGAGCAUAGCGUUCGAGGCCAAGGGGAUCUCCUCCAGCCAGGAAGGGAGUUUCUGAAGGAGGGGACACUGAUGAAAGUAACAGGGAAAAGCAGACGCCCCCGGCACCUGUUCCUGAUGAACGAUAUGCUCCUAUAUACGUAUCCCCAGAAAGAUGGGAAGUACCGGCUGAAGAACACGUUGUCAGUGGCCAGCAUGAAGGUCAGCCGCCCCGUGAUGGAGAAAGUACCCUACGCCCUAAAGAUUGAGACUGCCCAGUCCUGCCUGACUCUCUCUGCCAGCUCCUGUGCUGAGCGAGAUGAAUGGCACAGCUGUCUGAGCAGAGCCCUCCCUGAGGAUUACAAGGCCCAGGCUCUGGCUGCCUUUCACCACAGUGUGGAGAUACGGGAGAGGCUGGGGGUCAGCUUGGGGGAGAGGCCCCCCACCCUGGUGCCUGUCACACAUGUUAUGAUGUGCAUGAACUGUGGCUGUGACUUCUCCCUUACCCUGAGGCGUCAUCACUGCCACGCCUGUGGCAAGAUUGUGUGCCGGAACUGUUCGAGAAACAAGUACCCCCUGAAGUACCUGAAGGACCGGAUGGCCAAGGUCUGUGAUGGCUGCUAUGGGGAGCUGAAGAAGAGGGGCGGGGAUGUCCCAGGCAUGAUGAGAGAGCGGCCCGUGAGCAUGAGCUUUCCCCUGUCCUCCCCCCGAUUCUCGAGCAGUGCCUUCUCAUCCGUCUUCCACAGCAUCAACCCCUCGACCUUCAAGAAGCAGAAGAAAGUUCCUUCAGCCCUCACUGAGGUGGCCGCCUCCGGAGAGGGCUCCGCCAUCAAUGGCUAUCUCAGCCGGUGCAAGAAGGGCAAGAGGCACUGGAAGAAGCUCUGGUUCGUCAUCAAAGGCAAAGUGCUCUACACCUACAUGGCCAGUGAGGACACAGUGGCCAUGGAGAGUAUGCCCCUGCUUGGUUUCACCAUUGCCCCAGAAAAAGAAGAGGGCAGCAGUGAAGUAGGACCUAUUUUUCAUCUCUACCACAAGAAAACCCUAUUUUAUAGCUUCAAAGCAGAGGAUACCAGUUCAGCUCAGAGGUGGAUCGAGGCCAUGGAAGACGCAAGUGUGUUAUAGCAGUUAUCAAGCAUGUGGACUCAUAAUAAACUCUUAGGUUGAUAUGCAGAUCCUUUCAGGAGCCAGUCUGUGUCUCCACUCGUCGGGGCUUACAUCUGGAUUCAGCAUGGGGCCUAAUCAUUUUUUUGCUGUAACCCCCUCCCAUCUUCACAAGUGGAAGGAACCCUUAAGGAAUAUUUAUGAACCACUCCAUUUCUGUUCUCAUGUCUCCACCCACCUGAACCCACCCCAGCCCAGCAUAAACUAUUUCCCUACCCAGUAGUGAGUUCAAAUUUAGUAACACGAAGACAUGGAAACAGUAGAGAAAGUACUAUGCAGUACUGAGAAAUGCAGGCUUUUUAGUAGAAACAAGCUUUUACAAUUUUUACUGGUGGUAAACAUUAUCAAUUCUCAUAGCAUUGAUGUCAGUGCCUCAGGUGAAACAAGAAACAACUGGUGAAUAACAGCUACCCUCCUCGAAAGUACUUUAUUGUUUUACUGAGCUACAACCUCCAGUUUUAUGUUUUCCAAGUGAUUUACUUAAGUAAGUAACAGAUGGAGCUCCGUGGACUAAUUUGCUACCAGUUCUCAACAAGAGUGUACGUACAAGUGAUAUGUGCAAACCUGGCUGGGCCUUGCCAAGUGGGGUGGCAAGCAGGGGGUGGGGGUGAGGGUGUCCUCCUUACUGCAGAGGCCACACUGCACUGGAUAAGAAGGCAAGGCUCUUCUCCACUUGAUCAUGCGACCUGUAUGCUGCCGUGACUUACUAAAGGAACAACCCUUCCUUCCCAGGGUGGUCCUCACACUACACCACUGCUGGAAGCUUGGCUGCUGGUGGACCCAGCCCCCACCCUGCAGGUCGCCGCAAACCCUCUGAAGAGACGGGGUCUGCUUUACUUUAUUGUGUGUCUUCCUGUGUCUACCCAACAUGAGCUGACAGCAUUAUGUUUGUUAGAACCCGUGCUGGUUUUCCCCACGGCUGUCCUCCGCCUGUCCUCCAGCUGUCCUGCCAAAGCCUUGAAAGAGAUAGGAAGAAAAACAAAAUACAGUUGCAGGGUGAAAUAGUGGACUUGACCAAUGGCUCUGGACAUAGUGAGGGAGCACAGAAGUAGUGGCUUGAAGAGACUCUCUGGGCACCUGGGACUCCGCCACCUCCCACUGGUGACUGCUGCUCGUUAUGCUGGACAAAUUUCUACAUAAAGCAGAACGGGGGCAGGACAGGUGGGAUUCUUUGUUGCUCUCAUCAAAAUAGAAAACAGUCAUAUCAUUUUCUGAUGUUCUCUCCCAUCUUCCUGCUGCCGUGUUCCCUAAACAAAAAGGCAUUUGCUGACAAAUCUUUUGUAAAAAGCACCGUCUCAAGGAGUUAUUUACAUUAAAUAUUUUCAGGGCAA